GUACUAUUCACUAAUCUUCAAUAGAAAAAUACUCCCAUUAUAUAUAUUCGCGUAAAGCUAUUUUCCCUCUUUCAGCUCUUCGUUUCUUCGGCGAUUUUCUGCUCAGCCACACGAUUCCGACGUUCUCCUCUCCCCGUACUGUUUUAUACUCUUGUAUAAUCUAUCAGUAGUGAUCGCCGAUGCAUUCGCCGGUCCGGUGAAGUUGUCGUUGCCUAGAAUUUGCUCUCAGAUCUUCUGAAAAGCAGUUAUCGGCAGGUGCUUGCAGUUCCCCUAAAGGUCGAAGUAGCUCUAGACAAAAGCAUUUGCAUGUUGACCAGAUGAGCAGAACUGAUGUUAUUUGCAGUAGAAGGAGGAGGUUUCUUCUCGUCUUCAGCUUCUGGAUAUAGUAAGGGCCUGACCCUUCUACUUUUGGGUCAGAAGAACGAAGAGAAGCCCAUGAGAGUUGCACCGUGGAACCAGUACCAGUUGGUGGACCAAGAAACUGAUUCUGAUCUCCAGCUGGCUUCCGGGAAGAACAGGCUUGUCCGCGGGUGCGGCUCCUUUGUUUGCUUUGGUCGCGCUGCCGCUGGACUUGAGAGCCCAUCUCCUCUUAAAGUCGGUCCUACCCAACAGCCAGAAGUCUUGCCUAGCUGUCCUGCUUCAGACAAGGGCAACGAUCAGCCACAAUGUGUUAAUAAUGUUGAAGACAGUUAUACUUCACCAAAGGUUGCUCUUAAGAGUAGCUUAAAAAAACCAGUAAAUAGUGUUCCCAUUUCUGGUGGUAAUGAAUGUGAUGCAAUUUCUGAAAAGGUUGAUGAUGCCCCCAAUCCAAUGGAGAAAAGGAAAGUGCAGUGGACGGACACAUCUGGAGGAGAGCUUUUUGAGAUAAGGGAAUUUGAGCCUAGCGAUGAGGGUGAAUCAGAUGAUGAGUUUGAGAACGGGAAUGAAAGAACUUGUUCUUGCAAGAUAAUGUAAUUUUUGCUCCUUCUAGAAGGUCACGAGGACUGUAGGAAGGCGGCAAUCAAGGUGCUGCAGAUAUUUUUACGUGGAAAGUUGGUUUUGAGACAUGCCUUACUCAACUAUCAUUCGGCGCAAUUGAAAUUUGAGGCUGUAUUAGGUAGUGUGGCCACAUUGAUCAUGGGCUUUUCUGGUUUUGGCUGACUAAUCUAUUGUCUAUAUUCAAUUUCUUGGAUGACAUUUUGUUUUUCUGGGGUCUGCUUGUCCAUUGUUUUCAUAAUUACAUAUUUCAUCUUCUUUUUCUUUUUUUAAAUCUUCUUGUUUAAAAGAUUUCUGGUCUUCUUUCCCCAUCAGACAGGAUGAAUCAAAUAUGGACAUAAAAAUUUGUAGGAA